AAAAUAAUUUGGCUAAGUUCGUUGCAAGAAUUCUAUAUUGAUGCUCUAUCUCAAAAUAAAUUGGUUAGUUAGAAGGUUAAAAGAUAGGACCUCAGAGCUAGGCCCAUUACAAAAUGAUUGUUCUUAGCCCAGUUUGGGACUUGUUUAAGGACCCAACAAAAAAAAAAAAAAAAAGAGAUGGCAAUAAGAAGAAAAAUAAAACCGGUAGAAUUUGACCCCAAAAAAAGACCGGGUAGGGAGACGGAAAUGGCCAAUGGGAUGUGUACCCGCCAAAAAGACAGUUGACCAAGUCGACGCUGUCGCGUCCUUCCUUACUUCCUGGUUCUCCAGAGAAAUGGAAAAAACCGUCCGAAAAUUCAGAGGCGCAGAAAGAGAGAGAAACGCAAUGCCUGAACGAGACGAGAGAGUUUCUCUCUCCCUCUCUCUCUCUCUAACGCAGCGAUCUUCUCUUCUCACUCUGAGAGAAAACGAAAAUGAGCGUCAUCGACAUCCUCUCCCGAGUCGACUCAAUAUGCAAGAAAUACGACAAGUACGACAUCGAGAAGCAGCACGACCUCAACCCUCACAGCGACGAUGCCUUCGCUCGUCUCUACGCUCGCUUCGACGACGAAAUCCAAGCCACUCGCCAGGUUUUUUUUAGCUUCCUGUUUCCUCAUUCGGUUGCCGAAAAAUGCAGGAAAAGUUUGAGUUUGUGGUAUUUGAUUUUGUUUUGGGAUGUGCAGAAAGCCGAGAAGGCUGCGACUGAGACUAAUCGGGCUGUGGCGGUGGCGUCCAAUGUCGAGAUUCGUCGGACCAAAACUCGAUUGAUGGAGGAAAUUCCUAAGCUGCGCAAAUUGGCUCAGAGAAAGGUUAAAGGGCUGUCCAAAGAAGACCUAGAAACACGCAAUGAUCUGGUUCUUGCACUGCCAGAGAGGAUACAAGAAAUACCAGAUGGGUCAGAAACUUCAGCCACAAAAGCUGGGGGAUGGGCAACUUCAGCAUCCCAUAAAAAUAUCAAAUUUGACUCAUCAGAUGGGAACUUUGACAGUGCUUUUUUCCAGCAAAACGAAGAAUCAAAUCAAUUCAGGACGGAGUAUGAAAUGCGUAAAAUGAAACAGGAUGAAGGUCUAGAUAUCAUAUCAGAAGGAUUGGGAACACUGAAAAAUUUGGCCCAUGAUAUGAAUGAGGAAUUGGAUCGGCAAGUCCCACUAAUUGAUGAAAUAGAUACAAAAGUGGACAAGGUUACAUCGGAAAUAAAAAGUAACAAUGUUAGGCUCAAGGACAAUCUUCACAAGGUGAGGUCGAGCCGAAAUUUCUGCAUUGACAUUAUUUUGUUGUGUAUAAUUCUCGGAAUCGCCUUCUAUAUAUACAAUGCACUGAGAUGAAAUUGCAUUCAAAAGGCCUCGAUCAGCAGCUAUUAUUGGACCAUAUCUUGCCCGGGCUUUCCUUAUAACUUUUUAGCAAGUUCAAGUACGCCCUCAAUUAUCAAAACUAGUUUUGGCUAAUUGAAGAUGAUUAUUAUAUAAUUUCUUACUCAGUGGUUCUUCUCUCAAUAAAAUGGAAUUUAAUUUGUAGUUUAGGUUCAUUUAUUCCUGUCUGUACUUAUCAUGCUAUUAAUUUAUUAAGCAUCAGUUAAUAUUGGUACAACAAAUGUUUCGUAAAGUCUGUUAUCUUGACCAUAAUCCGUACUGUGAGUAGGGAAAAGUGUUUUGCAGAAGUAUUUAACGAUGUCAAGUUUGCUUUCUGUAUAAGUAAAGAAUUGAUAAAACCAUGAAAGGAAAACGAACUGAAUUUACAUAAUAAUGGCCGAUAUUACUGAGAAUUCUACUUUACAUUACAUAACAGCAUCAGAAAAGUUUUUUCUUUUAUUUUUUCCCAUGAUCAAGCAUAAGCUUUUUUGUCUAGCCAUAAGACUAUUUAUUACACCAGUAUUGUAAGGACAA